UCUUGAGAAAUCUCGCAACAUGUAUGAGAACAUCGAGUUCACACCUACAAGUGGCAGUGAAUUCUCUCCGGACAGUGGAGAGGAAACGGUUCAGACUCCAGAUUCCUCUACACACCUUGGUGUUGGUCUUUCUCUACAGAAUGAAGGAGUAGAGACUGAAAAGCCUCCCCUCGCUGUCCAAGGAAAACCCUACAGCACUGUUUUCCUAAUGUUUGGUCUGUUGAUCCUUCUGGUUGUUGUGGAUAUCGGCGUUCGAGUCAAAAUCUAUCACUUAGUUGUUGAGAAACCGUUGCAAACCCGUUUUGAAAAUCACACGAAGGAACAAACAGAAUGGCAGGAGCUUCGUGAGUCAUAUUUCUACUAUGCAUCCACUCAGAAGAAAAACUGGACAGAGAGCAGGAAAGACUGCAAGAGCAGAGGAGGAGAUCUGGUGAUUCUAAAUAACAAAGAGAAACAGGGGAUGAUUGAAAGAAUGAAGAUACAUGGAGAUUCCUGGAUCGGUCUUCAAAGUUCAGACGAAUGGACUGCGAAAUGGAAAUGGGUAGAUGGAACAGAUCUAGCAUAUGGUUCCUGGAGGGAAGGAGUAAAUGUCAAAGCGGAGCAAGGGUUGAAAGCAUUUACUGAUCAAGAGGGACUUUGGAUGCUUGACAAAACUGGAUUAAAAUACUGGAUCUGUGAGAAGAAAAAUGUCCAGCAUCUUGGUGACCUUAAACCUGAAAAGAACAUCAGUAAAACUUAAGGACUAUAUACAGAGAAAAGUUACAAUUAUGAUUA